CUAUGGAUUUGUGAUACCGCUUACAAGAACUUGGGUUCUGUCACUUUUUAACACCUCUCCUUGGGUGGAUUUGUGAUCACUCAAGUCUCAUUUUUAUCAUCCGACAAAACCAAAUUCUUCUUCACACGCAAUACAAGCUUGCAGCGAUCUAGAUUUCUUCCCCGUGCGACGACAUUCAACCUGCUAUGCAUGUAGGGGGUGGUGGUAGGAGUAUUGAAACUCUUGCCGAAGCAUUAAUUUCAGCAGCCAUGUUUUUACCAAAGUGAAGAAAUUCAAUAGAGGAGAGAGAGUGGACAGUCCACACGAUUUUAACAAGAGUGAUAAUUCCACAUCCGUAAUGGAUCUCCGCAACGAUUGUGUUGGUGUGAAGUAUAAUGUCAUGGAGGAUUCUCAGAGUAAUAAUUCCACUACCAUAAUGGAUCUUCCUGAUGAUUGCCUAAUUUUCAUCUUCAAAUGGUUAAGAGAUGAAUGUGAUCGAGUAGCCUUCGGACUAACUUGCAGCAGGUGGCUAAGAAUUCAGAACCACAAUAGACAGUCCUUACAGUUUGACUGCUCAUUUACCUGUUUCAAACUCGGGCUCUCGAAAACCCCGCGUAGGAUUGGCACAUUCGAACUACAUAGGGUUUUGACCCGUUUUCAACACCUCCAGUCGCUAUCCUUAUCUGGGUGCGUUAAGCUACCAGAUUCGGGUCUUGAGCUAUUACAAUUCUUUGGUUCAAGUCUACGAGCCCUACAUUUGGAUUGUUGUUCCGAGAUCACUGAUAAGGGUCUUUCAUUUGUAGCAAGUGGUUGCCCCUUGUUAAGGUUUAUCAGUCUAUACCGUUGCAAUGUUACUGAUGUGGGUUUGGAAAUCCUGGCCAAGUCUUGUCUGGGUUUGGAAGAUGUUAAUCUUACACAUUGUUUGUUUACUACUGAUCAUGGCAUUAGAUGCCUUGUUCAGAAUUGUGCUCACCUCUAUGGGAUUAAAAUCAACAACUGUAGAAAUAUAAAGGGAAUUGGAUUUCAUGGGUGUUCUCAGACUUUGGCUUAUUUGGAAGCUGAAUCUUGUAAGCUUGAGCUAGAAGGGAUAACAAGUAUGGUAAGCGGGGGAGGUCUUGAGUAUCUGAGUGUCUCAAAUCUUACUUGGUCGAUUCGUGGAGACGGUUUAUCGGCAAUUGGGGGAGGGUAUGCAAAGUUUCUUCGGGUUCUGAAUAUGAGAUUAUGCAGGACGGUAGGGGAUGAGGUUGUCGAAGUAAUUGCAAAGGGGUGUCCUUCACUGGUGGAAUGGAAUUUGGCUUUGUGCCAUGGGAUUAGAGUAGCAGGAUGGGAGUCAAUUGCCUUGAAUUGUCACAAUUUGGAAACACUCCAUGUGAAUCGAUGUCGAAAUCUAUGUCAUCGUGGAUUGGAGGCUUUGAAGAAUGGUUGCAGGAAACUCUCUGUUUUGUAUAUGAGUGGUUGUCCUAAUAUUAGUACUAUUUCAACUGAACUGUUUAUGUUAUCAAGAGGUGAUAUUAUCAAAGAAGAAGAAAAUCUAGCAACUGGUCCCAAAUGGCAUUUGAGGGCCUAGUUGUGUAGAUGAUGAUCCGAUAAAUCGUAGAGGUCCACGAACGUUUGGAAUUCCAUAAAGAUCGACAUAUGCUUCUAUUUUGUCAUGAAUUGCCGCAUGAAUUCCAAAAUCUGCAUGUGGUAGACUUAAUUGCAUUAAUAUAUCAUUUAAUAUAAUUUUGAUAUUUACCUCAAUUACUCGACGUGGUUCUUCCAUUGAUACUGAAAUAGAAAAGGAGAGUGUUAAUCAAUUAUAAGCAAGUAGUAUUUGAGCUUUAAGAUAUGUAAGUUGUAUAAGUACAUUCUUAAUUACUAUGUAAGGGACGAACUAUUGUACUUGUUGAUGUUUUUUUUUGUAUUUAUAUAGAAUACAAAAGGAACUGAAAUAGAUUUGUGAAAGGUAAACUAUGAACAAACUUAAUUUCAGCUACGUGUCUUGAUGUAGAUAUCUACAAAAAUACGUGUAAGACAGGUGGUCAAUUCAAUGUAAACUUCUAUAUAUUAUACGUGUCUAAAAAGUUGUUGUAUAUGUGUCAACCAGUUAGUCAGUUAUAAAAAGGUGUCAUAGUAUUGAGUGACUUUGAUUUAAGUAAAAUGUUGAUAGUUAUCCGCAUAUGAUGUAUGUAUAUACAUUUUUUUUAUUUGUUAUAAUAUUGUAUUUAGGAUAGAUAAAGAAAUUGAGUUGUUGUCAUUUCUAUAUAAUAAUAUUUGUUAAAGUAAUUAUAAUUAUGAAAUAAUAUGGAUGUAGUAAAUAAAACAAAAUGAUAUUAAAAAAAAAACUUAAUGGAGAUAUAUUAGUAUUUGUGAAAAAAGACAAAUACAUAUUGUAUCAUAUAUUACAUAGUUAAUAAAACAUAGUUGAUUACAUAAAAUCUAAUUUUGAACGUGAAUACAUUAUGCAACAACAUAAUUAGGUUCUAAUAUAUUUUUUGUAUAGCUGAUGUAAGUGUCGAUGACUGUCUUCCAACAAUUUCAUCUGAUAAUAAUUGUAGUCUCCAAUGUCAAGAUUAUAUGUAUCUUGAAGAAAGCUAAUGGCUUGUCGAGCUGCAGUUUGCUGUGAAAGAUUCGCCUCUGUUGAAGUUAUUCCGAUGAAUCUUAGUGUUUGUGGGAAAUUUGGAACUCCAUGAAUUUCAACGUAUGCUUUCAAUUCGUCAGCAGUAAUAGAAUGAAUUCCAUAGUGUGCCGCUGGUAAAUUAAGUUGUAUCAGCAUGUCAUGCAAAAUUAUUUUCAUGUUCGUUUCGAUUACUCGAUGUGUUUCACCCAUUAUAAGCAACAAUAUUUUCGAAGUUUUCGUAGUAUUUGAAUGAGUGUGUAUGUGUUUCA